UUAUUAGAGGCAGCGGUAGUGGCCGGCUAUGCCAGUUAGCUUCGAGUUGGUCGUUGGCUUUGUGGUGUCCCGCGCUCGUUACACAGUUCACUACACCACGGAUAAUUGAAAAUUUCAUGAGAAGCCUGAGCUCCUGACGCGCCACCGCACUGAAAUAGAGAGGGGGCUAACGAAGAAGGAGGCAAUCAUGGCUUGGAAUCCGGCCUUUAUUUCGUUUUCUGUCCUCAUUUCUUGUCUCCUAGCAUCGGCACAGAGUGGUUACAUCUUCACUGCCCCAAAGGUCAUUCGGAGCCAUCGGCCAGCCCUGUUUAGGCUCACUUUGACUGACGUCGAUGUUGACGGGAAGGUCUCCGUGAGGCUUCUCACUUACAACAACGAGAGCGUAGUGCUUGCACAGCAGGAGUACGAUGUCAAACAAGGCCAGCUCGAAAACACGUUCAGCUUCGACGUUCCCGAGUAUUCGGGCAACAGCGCAAAAAUUGAAGUGAACGGAACAUUCGGAGACUACGUGUUCAGCGGCAAGAAAGAGAUCGAUUUCCAGAAAUCGAAGGACCAUGUUCUGAUUCAGACGGACAAGGCGCUCUACAAGCCAGGACAAAAGGUUCAACUACGAGUCCUCCCAAUUACUAAUGACCUUACUCCAGUGACGAGUGCAGUGGCGGAGAUUUACAUCACCAGCCCUUCAGAAGCUAGGAUAGCCCAGUGGAAAAAUGUCACCUUCGAGAGAGGAAUUGCCCAGUUCGAUUUCAAGCUCACUGAGGAACCCGAAUUUGGACUGUGGCAGAUUGUCGCGGAGUUUCCAACUCAAACCGUCCGUCAACAUUUUGAGGUCAAUGAAUACGUCUUGCCCAAGUUUGAAGUGACUGUGACUCCACCUUCAUACCUUCUUGCAAACGCCAAGGAAGUCGUUUGGAAAAUUUGUGCAACGUACACGUUUGGGCAACCCGUCGAAGGGACACUGCUCGCGAACGUCACAUACGAGAAGUACCAUUGGGAGACCGAGUCAUUCCCCUAUAUUGAGCACCAAGGGCCCAUCAACGGCUGCUUUGACUUUGUUGUCAACACCACCGCACUCCGAUUCAACGAGAACUACCAGGUGUACAAGAGGCUUCAGUUGUUCGCACAAGUGAAUGAGACCGGGACCGGUAUCACCUUGAACAAGACCAGCUACAUCACUCGCACAAGCAAUCCCCUUGAACUCAAAUUUGUGGCAGAGGAGCACGGCAAUAACUACUUCAAGCCCCUGAUGCCAUACUACGGCACCCUGCUGGUGAAGAAACCCGACGGUCUUCCUCUUCCUGGAGAAUUGAUUCAACUCUGCCUGCUGACCCAAUCGGAAAUUAUCAAGACCCUCUGGUGGAGAACCGACCGCAGGCUCAGCUGCAAAAACUACACUUCCGAUCAUUUCGGGCUCGUUAAGUUUACGUUGCCACCUCUUCAAACGACUGUGGUCACUGUGUCUGUUGAGGCAACAGCCGUAAACUACGAAGCGGAGAAAUACGACACAUAUGGCACGCGAAUCAACCAGCCCAAGAACACGCUGUAUCUUCAAGCGUGGUACUCGGCCAGCAACAACUUUAUCCAAAUCCAGCCAUCGAAGGAUCCUCUUCCUUGCACUAGUGACUACAAAGUUCAGCUCCGUUAUACCGCAGAACCAGACAAGGAGUAUCUCUUCCACUACCAGGUUGUGUCCCGUGGCCAGAUCUUGAAGGACGGAACGGUUGCAGCGAAGUUCACUCAAUCCGAGAGCACUCCAGCACUUGUCGAUGACACCUACCUUCAGGAGGAAGUACGCAACGAGUCCCUUCCAAGCAACGUUGCCGAAAAUGUGUCCAACGUGGGAUCUCUGGAGCUGGAUCUGACUCCUGACUUCAGCUACGUCCCCUUGGCCAAGCUUCUCGUGUUUUACAUUCGCGAAGAUGGAGAAGUGAUUGCGGACUCCCAGGAGUUUGAAGUGGAGAAAUGCCUUAAAAACAACGUGACUCUGAGGUUUGGAUCUGAGUCCGUCCAGCCGGCCACAACGGCUGCCAUACACUUAUCCGGAUCUCCUCUCUCAUUCUGUGGAGUCGGUGUGGUGGACAAGAGUGUGCACCUUCUCAAGCAGGACAAUCAGCUUACCAAGGCUAAGGUGUACGACCUCCUGAAGAGGCUCGACAUCAGCCGUUACACUUGGCCCAGGCAGUCAUCUUACGACUACUGCAGGAAGAAGAGUAGCGGAGCGAAUCCGCGAUACGCUCGCCGUGUCAUCUGGCCUGGACCCCGCACGUCCAAUGUGGAGUACGUCGACUCUAUCACUGCUUUUGAUGAAAUUGGUGUGAUCGUCCUCUCUGAUUUGACGCUGGAGACGAGGCCGUGCAGAGAAGCCAUCUACGACAGACCUCCGUAUGCUCUUGCGGCACCAGCAAGUGGUUAUGCAGGGGGUGGUGGCUGGCGUGGACCUGCUCUGGAAGACGAAGCUAGUGUGUACCCAAUGGCUUUUGCAGAGUCGUUUGACUCCGUUGGCGCUCCUGGACUGCCCAGUCCGCCUCCAGUGCCUGCAAAGUCAGCCGUCGAGGUUAGGACGUACUUCCCAGAGACGUGGCUGUGGGAUCUCAAAGAACUGGAUGAGCACGGCAGCUUCGACUUCAAGGAGAAGAUACCACAUACAGUCACCGAGUGGGUUGGCAGCGCCGUUUGCAUCAACAACCAAGACGGCAUCGGCGUGUCGGACCCAGCGCGGAUCAAGGCCUUCCAACCAUUCUUUGCUUCGUUCUCUCUGCCCUAUUCUGUCAUCCGCGGAGAGGUCAUACCCGUCACUUUGUCAGUCUUCAACUACCUCGACAAAUGUCUGCCAGUCGAGCUCACUCUCGCCGAGAGCGAAGAUUUCGAGUUCCUGGACGAACGCUCCGCAACUUUGUGUGUCUGCGGCAGCAAGACCGUUCAUAAGUUCUUGGUGAAACCCAAGACGAUCGGCGAAGUCAACGUCACCGUCUCUGCUGUGGGCUCCGAAAAUGUCGAGGUCUGCGGAGAAAAUCCCGUGGAGAAGGUAGUCGCCAGGGAUGCAGUCACCCGACAACUCUUGGUGGAGGCUGAAGGAUUCAAAAAGGAAGAAACAAAGAGCGUGUUCGUCUGCUCUCAUGGUCAAGGAGAAGAAAAUGAGAAACCUGAGUUUGAGCUUAGUCUUCCUGAAGACGUCGUAGAAGGAUCAGCGCGUGCUUAUAUCGCCGUUACUGGCGAUAUCAUGGGACCAGCUAUCAAGAACCUUGAUUCGCUAGUACAAGUACCAACAGGAUGCGGGGAACAGAACAUGGUCAAGUUUACUCCAAACGUUUAUGUUCUUGAUUACCUCAAGGCUACAGGAAAGCAGGAUGCUGACAUCGAGAAAAAAGCUGUUGAGAACCUCAAGACCGGCUAUCAACGCCAACAGAAGUACAGGCACCCUGAUGGAUCCUACAGCGCUUUCGGAACAAACGACCGCCAGGGCAGCCUCUUCCUUACAGCAUUCGUCGUCAGGUCCUUUAAGCAGGCGGAACGCUACAUCCCCGUUUAUGAGAAGAUGUUGUUGGAGAGCAUCAGCUGGAUUCUUAAUAAGCAGCUGCCAGCCAACGGUUGCUUCGAUAAUGUCGGCCGUGUGCUCAGCUCUGGUCUCAAGGGCCGAGUGAACGAGAGCAACCCAGGGCCCCUGACCGCAUAUGUGCUGGCUGCGCUUCUUGAGGGCGGCUUGGCGCAAAAUAAUGUCACCGAAGCUGCUCUCCAAUGCAUUGAAGCUCAAAGGAAUCCCAGCCCACACAAUUUGGCACUGGCUGCUUACGUGACUGCUCUGGCUGGCCAGGACGUUUCCGCAAAGUUGGAGCUGCUGGAAUCCAUAGCUGAUCACGAGGGAGGACUUACCCACUGGAAGAACGGAGGAGCAUCUGCCGAUGUGGAGACUGCUGCCUACGCUGUCCUCACGUACGUUAAGUUGGGAGGACAAGAGAACCUAAACAAGGCUCAGCCGAUCGUACGCUGGAUGGCAACACAGAGAAAUAGCCGUGGUGGAUUUUCAUCCACACAGGACACUGUUCUGGGGCUUCAAGCCCUCUCUGCGUUUUCGUCUCACCUGAGCAAGGACCCCGUCGACGUGGCCGUUAGGGUGUCCGGAAAUGAAGUUAACGAGGCUUAUGAUCUCAAAGAAGAGAGCAAGCUUGUGCUGCAGCAGAGGAAAGUGGUGGAUUUGCCGAACACGCUUACUGGUGAAACUACCGGAACGGGAUGUGCAUUAAUCUCGACAACACUCAAGUACAACGUGCAUACCCCACCCAAGAGUCAGGGAUUUGAAUUGACAGUCACUCCUUUAGUCGAUCCUACUUGCAAAUCAGCUCUCGUCAAAGUUUGCACAAAGUUUGAUGGCGAACAACCAUCCAACAUGGCUGUUGUCGAACUGAAGCUGGUCUCCGGUUACACAACUAGCGAUGAUGAUGUCCGAGAGAUUUAUCAGAAGGCGGAUGUCGCCCUGAAGAGGCAUGAGAUCGACAAGAACCAAGUGAACUUCUAUUUCGAAGAGGUUACGUCUGAAGAGAAGUGCUUCGAAGUUCGUGUUCACAGAGAAAUUGAAGUGGCUGACGCCAAGCCUGCCACCGUCAAAGUCUACGACUAUUACCGACUCGAAAAUGCAAAGUCCGUCAGUUACAGCCUGACCUGCGAAGCGACGCCUUAAAGGAGAAUUCAUCUGCAUCAAGAGGCGCCCUCGAAAUUGUUCAACUCACAAAUGAUGCCAAACACAGCGGAAGUUGUUUCCAACCACCACUCAUGCAUGACCCAUGUUCACAUGGACUGUCCUUUCGUCUUAUCAGUGGCCGAGCAGCGGAGAUAAAGCAAACAAUAUUUUUCUCUGGUCGCCGUCCCAUUUCCCUGCGUGGUCUGUAGAUAAAGACAAGUUGGGACAACAUGUGGUCAAAUAAACAUGCUUUUUACUACUUUUAAA